CAGGCAGGUGCUCCCUCGCGGUUUGCAGCAGAGCGCGUGUAAGGGCGCGCUGCAGAGGCGUUUAAAGGGACGCGCAGGUGCCGUGGCUACUGUCUAGACGCACGUCCCGGGAUUUUCGCUCCCUCUUCCGCGGCGCUCGUCCCCUGCCGCGCGGCGCGUCUGAUGUCCAUUGGCAUGUCACGGGUGGCGCUCGUCCACGCGAAGGAACGCCACUGCGAGGACGCACGAGCUGAAAACGAUGUCGGAGCAGGGCUAUGGCUUGACUCUAUGUCCUGCGCUCCCAAUUCGCAGAGGGAGCACACCGCUACCAAUCAAACACCUGCUAAGGCGGGAGGAAGCCGUCUCGGAGGACAGUGACUUGACGGCAAGGUUUGACGAGCCUGGCCCUUCACCAAUCAGCAGCAGCGAUACCCAGGAGGGAGCCCCACCCCCUCAGCCUCUCCAGCAGAAGUACCGCGGGCCCCUGCGUAUUGUUCUGCUGGGGCAGAACGGAGUGGGCAAAUCCUCCCUGGCCCUGUGCCUCGCCGGGCUGUCCGACACGUCGCUUUCCAUAGAUUCCGAAACCCAAACCAGCGAUGAGGGGUACCUGCGACGCGUGACAAUAGAUGAUGAGGACAGCUCAAUCUUGGUGUUUGACAACUGGAAACAGGACCUGUCUGCCCUGCAGUGUGAGGUGUGCAUCCUGGUCUUCUCGCUGACAGACAGGCGGAGCUUCCACCGUGCGGCGCAGCUUCGCCUCCUCCUGAGAGAGAGCCACCCCAGCAUGCCCUUCAUCCUCGUGGGGAACAAGAGUGACCUGGUGCGCUCCCGUGAGGUCAGCACGGAGGAGGCGCAUUCCAGUGCGCUGAUGUUCCAGUGCCUGUACCUGGAGCUGUCUGUAUCGCUCGACCACCACACCAAUGAGCUCCUGGAGGAGGCGGUGAGGGCAGCCCGGGGGCGUGGCCCGGGGCACGGCUGGACGCCGGCGUCCCCGGGGGCCGCCCGGCGCGAGAGCCUGGGCAGCAGGGCGCGGCGCUUCCUGUCUGGACUGGUGCCCCGCCCGCACCACGGGCGUGACCGCGAGAGGGACCUGAGCCGACCCCGUGCCGCCAGGAUGACGCGCCAGAAGUCUCGCUCCUGUCAUGACCUCACCGCUCUGAUGUAA